AUUAAUUAUUAAACAUGGGUGCAUUUUUGGAUAAACCCAAAACUGAGAAACAUAAUGCUCAUGGUGCUGGGAAUGGUUUACGUUAUGGCCUGAGCAGCAUGCAAGGAUGGAGAGUGGAAAUGGAAGACGCACACACAGCUGUUGUAGGUAUUCCUCACGGCUUGGAAGACUGGUCAUUUUUUGCAGUUUAUGAUGGUCAUGCUGGAUCCCGAGUGGCAAAUUACUGCUCAACACAUUUAUUAGAACACAUCACUAAUAAUGAAGACUUCAGGGCAGCUGCAAAAUCAGGAUCUGCUCAUGAGCCUUCAGUGGAAAAUGUCAAGAAUGGUAUCAGAACUGGCUUUUUGAAAAUUGAUGAAUUCAUGCGUAACUUUUCAGACCUCAGAAAUGGAAUGGACAGGAGUGGUUCAACUGCAGUGGGAGUUAUGAUUUCACCGAAGCAUGUCUACUUUAUCAACUGUGGUGAUUCACGUGCUGUUCUGUGUAGGAAUGGACAAGUCUGCUUUUCCACCCAGGAUCACAAGCCUUGCAAUCCAAGGGAGAAGGAGCGUAUCCAAAAUGCAGGAGGCAGCGUAAUGAUACAGCGUGUUAAUGGUUCAUUAGCAGUGUCUCGUGCUCUGGGGGACUAUGAUUACAAGUGUGUUGAUGGCAAGGGCCCAACAGAACAACUAGUUUCUCCAGAGCCUGAGGUUUAUGAACUUUUGAGAGCAGAAGAUGAUGAAUUUAUCGUUUUGGCUUGUGAUGGGAUCUGGGAUGUUAUGAGUAAUGAGGAGCUCUGUGAUUUUGUUAAAUCUAGGCUUGCGGUAUCUGAUGACCUGGAAAAUGUGUGCAAUUGGGUGGUGGACACUUGUUUACAUAAGGGAAGUCGCGAUAACAUGAGUAUUGUACUAGUUUGCUUUCCAAAUGCCCCCAAGGUCUCAGAUGAAGCAGUGAGAAAAGAUUCAGAGUUGGAUAAGUACUUGGAAUCACGGAUUGAAGAAAUUAUGGAGAAGUUUAGUGAGGAAGGAAUGCCUGAUCUUGCCCAUGUCAUGCGUGUCUUGUCUGCAGAAAAUAUCCCAAAUUUGCCUCCUGGGGGAGGUCUUGCUGGCAAGCGCAAUAUUAUUGAAGCUGUUUAUAGUAGGCUGAAUCCACAUAGAGAAAAUGAUGGGGGUGCUGGAGAUCUAGAAGACCCAUGGUAGCCUUAUAAACUUCUAAAAUGCUUUUGAUUCUGAAAAUUGGGGGAAAAACUUUUAAUCACAUUUUCUUCAAUACAAGGGAAAAAUAUUCUUGUGGAUUCCCAACGUUUUGUGAUAUGAGCAGAAAAUCAUUAGCAUUUCCCAUCAUUUGUUCAUAUUUGUGUUUUCUGAUAAUUGCCACUUGUAGCAUUGCCUGUACUACAGUAUUUUUGCCAACCUCAGGCAUACUAAUUCCAUCUGUAUUGAACUAUUGGCCCUAAAAACCAAUGGAGUUAUUUCACCACAAGUAAUAAUUGUGCCUGAGGUGCAUGGGAAUAUAGUUAGCUGUACUUUGAAGAUACAUUAUGGUUUUUUUUUGUGGUUUUUUUUUAAACAAGACACACAACAUAUAAGCAUGUAAGAGUAAAGAAUUAUAUGAGAUGUUCUUUUUUUCAAUUCACCAAGUUGAAAGCCUUUUGCAGGUCUGGCUUAAAAUUUCAUUUGGGCAAUCUACUAUAGGGUAUAUAUUUAUUAAUUGUUACUUAAUUUUUUUCCAAUUUCACCUGUAUUACCAAACUGGGUUCUUCAAUAAUGUCCAAAUUGUAAUGUUGCCUGCUUUAAGAUAAGUGUAUUUGGCAAUAAUAUUAUAAACCCUUAAAAAUUUUAUGCAUGUGUCUCCUAUAUCCUUCAACACACACCAGAAAAUCUUUGAAACCAAAUGGAUUAAUUUAUGGCUAUUUAUAAUUUGCUUAGACAUCUCAUUGCUGCAAAUUUUUUAAAUGAUGAGAUUUGCUUUUAUAAUAUAAAUUGUGAUUUUUGAUUUACAUGUGGGUUUCUAUAGUUUUAAUUUUUCAGCUUUUAAGAUACAAAAAGUUUUGUGUAAUUUGGUAUAAAUUUUAAUUGUUUACGUUAUUUUAAAAGCUCAGAAUAUCACAUUGAAAUGACUAUAAAUACAUUUAAAAUUAUCUAUUUUAGAACUAAGGAAAUAUUACAGAGAUAUUUUCAUGGGUUCAGUAACCUUUCAUUUUAUAACAUUGGGCACGGUACAGAGUGGCUGUCACAUAAGGUACUUGAAGAUUAUUCAUUUAAUUCUAUUUUUACAAUAACCUUGAAUUCUUGAAUUCUUUUUGAGUUUUGCAUGUAUCCAAUUAAUGCUGAACAUGAAGAGUAAAAUAUUUAUCUAAAAGCUAUUGGGGUAGGAGAAGCAAUGAAUGUAUCCAUUUGUACAUGGUUUACAUGUUGUGGAUGCUUUGUAAACACUUUCCUGUAUGUUUAAAUUGUGUUUCAGCGGGAUGUAAUUGCCUUUGUGUGUAGUUAAAAUGAGUCAUCAUCUGGUCCUGUGUGCAGUGGAAUUCAUGGUAUUUUCUGUAACAUUUCCCUGAAGCUGUUUCUGGAGAGCCACACAUUUGAAUACAGACAGACAGUUUCCUUGAUCAUUCGAUUUAUUGUGCACCUGAUUUUUGGCCUAAAAGAAUUAUUGCCACAAUAUAUUUUAUUUAUUCUUUAGAUUUUAGCCUUGUAAGUUAAAGUGCUUUACAUGAUGAUGUUAAAAGCUAUUUGUCCCUUUACUGGGUUUAAGGGUUGUUAAAAGAGAGGGAAUGAAGAAUGCAAAAAAUGGUUUAUUGUUCAACUGUCCACUCUGAUCCAAUCCUGUACUGACAGUACCUUUCCAGUAUGAUAUUGUGAUGUUUCAUACAAUGCAGUGAACAUAACCAACUUGUUACCUAAAUAAAGAAUUGAUAAAAACAGUGUGACAUAUUACUACUUGGUAUGAUUUUUAAAAAUAAAAGUCCAGUUUUGAAUGUUAUUUUAAACAUUUUAUAUAGUUAGAAUAUUGUGAAAUGUUUUGUACAGAACUGUGCAGUUAAAUUUUAAUUCCAGGGAAGAAUUAACUAAACUAUAUAAGACAAUACUAAUUAAACCCUUCUCCACUUCCAAACAUUUUUUAUACCACUUUAACCUUUCUCUGGGAGUUUAGUGGCCCUUGAAAUACAAAUAAUGCGUGAGUUAGCAAAAAACUCGUGUUUACUAAUAUGAAUUUCCUAGUCCCACUGUUCUCAAACAUUUAUAUUCUUAAAAGUUGAGGAUCCCAAAGAACUUUUGCUUUUGAGGGUUAUAUCUAUUGAUAUUUAUUGUAUUAAAAAACAACAACACCAUUACCUGUUAACAUAAAGAGCAUUGUUUUAUAAAAAGAUUAUUUUCCAAAA